AAAUGUGAGAACACAGGAUAGAUAACAUUUAAUUAGCAUGUUAAAAUCAUCAGUCUGGCUCUGACCAGCAUAAGUGACUAAUGAAUAACUCAUUAAUCCAUAACUGGAUUAUCUUUGGAUCAUUUCUACAUUAUUUUUCUUUUUUGUUCCUUUAUUUUGUUUUUGCAGGAAUUACAGGAACAAUUCUGCCAAUUUUCUUACAUAGUCUACAGCAUCCACGUACAUAAACUUCUGCCAUGAAGUUGUUUAAAUUCCAGAGUCUAAAACUCUUGCAGACUCUGCAGCCUCCUAACAGGACYUUCCACGGACAUCCCAGGCUGUUUUUUUCCGAUGUAUAUUCCCAGUAUGAGUCCAUCAGACGGGGCAAACAGGAAAUACCAAAGUACUUUAACUUUGCAGGUGAUGUACUGGACAAAUGGUCUGAGAUUGAAAAGGCUGGGAAGAGACCACCCARGCCAGCKUUCUGGUGGGUGAAUGRCCAAGGGGAGGAGGUGAAGUGGAGCUUUGAGGAGCUGGGGCUGCUGUCCCGGAGAGCAGCCAAUGUUCUGACCAAGGAGUGUGGGCUGAAGAGAGGAGACAGAGUGGUGCUGAUCCUGCCACGGGUGCCAGAGUGGUGGCUGCUCAAGGUGGCCUGCAUCAGAGCAGGUGAGUGAGUGAAAGGAGCUGGUUUGGAUCAGAGCAGGUGAGUGAGUGAAAGGAGCUGUUUGCAUCAGAGCAGGUG